CGAGGGGCGCCUGGUGCCCGGGAGGCUCGGGCUCCGGCCGCCGCGUCUGGAGCCGGGCCCAGCAAUCAUGGCCCAUUACAAGGCUGAGCAGGAUGACUGGCUGAUCGUCUACCUGAAGUAUUUACUCUUUGUCUUUAACUUCUUCUUCUGGGUGGGGGGGGCCGCCGUCAUGGCCGUGGGCGUGUGGACCCUGCUGGAGAAGAGUGGCUACCUGAGCAUCCUGGCCUCCAGCACCUUCGCCGCUUCUGCCUACAUUCUCAUCUUCGCAGGCGCCCUGGUCAUGGUCACCGGCUUCCUGGGCUUCGGGGCUAUCAUCCGGGAGGACAAAAGCUGCCUGUCUACGUAUUUCUGCCUCCUGCUGGUGAUCUUCCUUGUCGAGCUUGUGGCAGGGGUCUUGGCCCAUGUGUACUACCAGAGGCUGAGUGACGAACUGAAGCUGCACUUGACCCAGACUCUGGCUGAGAACUACGGGCAGCCCGGAGCAGCUAAGAUCACCGCCUCGGUAGACCGUCUGCAGCAAGAUUUCAAGUGCUGCGGGAGCAACAGCUCGGCUGACUGGCAGCACAGCACGUACGUCCUCUCGCGGGAGGCCCAGGGCCGCCGGGUGCCCGACAGCUGCUGCAAGACAGUGGUGCCACGCUGCGGCUUGCGAGCCCACCCCUCCAACAUCUACAAGGUGGAGGGAGGCUGCAUCACCAAGUUGGAGCAGUUCCUGGCCGACCACCUGCUGCUCAUGGGGGCAGUGGGCAUCGGGGUGGCCUGCCUGCAGAUCUGCGGGAUGGUUCUCACCUGCUGCUUGCACCGGAGGCUCCAGCUGCAUUGUUACUAGUGGCCAACCGCGCCCCCCUGUGGCUGCCCCUCGCAAGGACAGGCACCAGGCCUGAGAAGUCAGCAUCAGCUUGCCCAGAGACGCCCAGAAACGCCCUCCUUAUCUGUGCCCAGGCCCUUGGGAUCCACCAAGUGUCUGAGACUGUGGCUUCCAUGUUCCCACACAGACCAGCAGCGCGCAGCCCCUUCCUCCCUUCCGAGUGUUCACUGCCAGAGCCGAGGCGGGCACCCUCCUGCCUAGAGGCAAUGCCAGAGCCCGCACCUGGCACAGGGCUCCCGUGGACCACACGCGGAUGAGAGCUGCACUCAGCUCCUCCCCAGCUCCUGCACCUAGAACAGCGGGCUGCAAACCUGACCCCUCUGGGACACCCGCCUUGACACAUGACCCCCGGCCUGUGUGAGCAGCCUUCCUCUGGCCUAUGCCGCAAGCUUUGCUCUGCCCCCUGGGAUGUGCAUCAGGGUGCAUUAGGGUUGGCCCCCAGAAGACCCUGCUCUUUGAUGUGCCCACCUCCCACCCCUUCCCUCUUGGAAAGGAGUGUCUGGAUGACCUGGUUCCUUCCUGCAGGCCUGGAAGUGGAGGGGCAGGAGGCGAGGCGAUAGGAGCUGGGCCGGCAGGGGUUAGCUGGGGGGAGUUGCCCAGGCAGGGAGCAGGGUGGGAUACGUUGGCUUCACCAGUGCAGGCUGCGCCUGGAACCUGUGCCCUGCCUGGAGGCCCUCCCCAAGAAAGCACCCCUGGAGGACCAUCACCCCAAGCCCCAGCUUCCAUAAUAUGCUCCUAUGGGAUCUCCCGAGAGCCACUGCCUGAUUCUCUGGAUUGCCAGGUUUUUAAAACCAUUUCUUAAUGUCAGUGGGAGUAAAACCCUUCCUGAUUAGACCAAAUCAGAGACCCCGCCCAGUUGGAGUCACUGCAGAGGUGAGACUCCCAGAGGGGUGCUCUGCCCUGAAUCUCACUUUCCCUGCACCCACAUGCUCUGACCACCUGGCCCCUCCAGGGGUCUCCUCUGCUUCCCAGAGUGAAUACAGCCCCUUCCUUUGGUUCUGUCUUGCAUAUCUGAAAUAGGCAAGGAAUUUUCAAGAACUUUCCCAAAUUCUAAGGGAGAACAGAACAUCCUGGAAAGGAGCAUAUAGAUGUCAGCAGUUUUCCAGCCCGCAGGUAUCAACUGGUAAGAGGGCAGCAGGGAGCCCUUCGAAAGGGCUGUUCCAACAGCAGCUGGUAACAUGAGACCCGCACACCAGGCUUCCACACCUCCCAGCGCCCACCUGGAACUCUAACUUCCCAGCCGCUAGAGGCGUUCCUCUGUUAUCUAAGCAAGGCCAGGGCCGUGUAUUUACUGAAGGCCUACUGUGCGCCAAGAAGGUCACAUAAAUCUAGCAACCCCAGCGAGAGGGUAUCCUUUCCCCCAUUCCACAGAGGAGGAGAUGAAGGUUCAGAGAAGUCGAGAGUUGCCAGUCGGGAGAAAUGACUAUUGUCAUGUCCCCCCAACCCAUGGAACCCAGGGGGCUGGGCUGGGAGCCCUCUCUCCUCAUGGUGCCUGGGUGGACAGUAGGGACACUGUGGAAUAGCAGCAGCCUCAGCACCCCCUCCCGGGUUGGACGGAACCAUGAUCUGGUGCCAGGACCAGCACCCUGCACAUUUGCAGAGCAUUCAGACCCCUCGGAGCAGCCCAGGCAGCAGGCGGAAGUGGCGUGGGGUGAGGCGCAUCGCUCAUGGGAAUGGCAGACCUGUCACCUCAGGUGGCCAUGCUGACACCAAAGCAAGAGCAGGCCAGGCUGCAGCGAUCAGAAUCCUCAGACAGCUCGUGCAAUCCCUGCCCGUGCGGGGUCCCUUGUCAGGGACACGGGGGGCUGGCAAGAGAGCAGCAAAGGCCCUCCCUGCUGAUACUGGGGCCAUUUGCACACACAGCCACCCUGGAAGGACGAGGUGCCCUGGCCACCUCCUGCCCACUCCCUCUCCCCUAUGUGGCAUCCUGAGUGGGCACAGUGCGCUGUCCCGGGAGCUUGUGGCCACUCUAGGGCCCUGAGAGGGGACAUCCCAGUGUGAUAUGCCCCUGUUGCUCCAUGUCCCAUGGCCAGCUUCGGUCAUGGAACCCGCCACUCCUAGUCCCCGCGGAAGGUGAGGUAGAGGGAAUGGACUGGCAGUUCCCUUGCCCCUACCCAUCACACUGGGCCUUGGGAACAUUCUGGACUCACUGGCUGCUCGGCCCCCUUUGAAUCACCGCUGGGUGGCGCUCACGCCCGCCAAGAUGCUAGUGACCGGGUGUCUGAACUGAGUUCUCUCAAUCCUGAGCAGGCAUCAGGGCUCCCUGGAGGGCUUUUUAAGAGCUGGCUUGGGCUCCACCCUCAGCGUUUCCCAUCAGUAGGGGGAGGGCCCAGAAUUUGCACUUCUAGCAAGUUCCCGGGUAUUGUUGAUGCUGCUGGCCCUGGAACCACACUUUGAGAAUCACUGUAGCCCAGGCCACAAAGGGGCAUGCUUUGCCACCCACCUUUGUUUAUCCAGCCCCCAAGUUUCUAAAAUCUCUCGGGAUGUCCAGCAGCAGCCCUGCAGGGUUCACAGUGAGAGGGUGAGGUGGAAGGUUUGCUGGGGCUAUACCGCCCCCUGGAAGGGGCCACUGCUGCCCAGCUGCUUGUCCCUGCCCCUGUAGCCUUAGCUGGGAGAGCAGGUGCCAGGUCCUCUCCCGGAAGGGGACAAGUGACACUCCCAGCCCCAUUUUCGCACCACCUUCUGGUGCUUUGGGCUUCCUUCCCACCCACCCCCAGGGCCCCACCUCCCCCAUCACCUCCAUGCUCUAUUUCAGCCCAAUGCUCCCCCCUGUGCUUCAUCCCUCAGCCUCCAGUGCUCCCUGGCCCUACCGUCUAUGCACUGGCACACCCCCUGCUGGUGCCACUAGUCAUGCCAGGCAUUCACGAGGCCAGAUGGGCUCCUGGAACCAGCUGGCCCGUGGCUACGGGUCAUCACAAUAUUCUAGAAACAGAGAAGUUGCCUUAACCCACUGCAUAUGGGAAAUUGCUCGAGUUGUAAACAUACCCUUCUCCUAGCUGGCCUCAGUGCAAGCCCAGCCUCACAUGAUAAUAAAGGAACCGGAUAAUAAAGGAACUGGAUCGACCUUUGGUUGCUGUUUUUUCUCCACUGCA